ACUUGACCUGAAAGGAGUAGACGGAUGUGAGUCCUUGGUGGGGGGAGAGAGAGAGAGAGAGAGAGAUGGGUUGCUAUCCUUUUUGCAAGAUGAUGUCCAGGACACUCAGGAAGUGCAGCGGCAAGGGAAGGAGAAGGCCGAAAUAUUAUUACCCCCGUGGGACACCAGCGACAAAGAACGUAACUUUCGGCAACGACUCCGUUGUCAUAAUCUCUCCUGAACCGGAACAAACCGCGACCUUGACAAAGCACUGCCCGAUCCAACCGGCGGCCGACGUCUCCCCCACUCUCCACGCCGAGAUCGCCCAAAACAAAGAACCGGACCAGGUCCAUGUCCGGUUCGCCGAUGAACCGGAACCGCACCCCUACCCGGACCCGCACCCCCGAGCUAAUCCGCCCUGCCCGAGCCGACACGAAUCGGGUCCGGUUUAUAUGGCGUCGAGUUACCGCUACAUGCCGUCACCGUUGCCGAGAUGGGAUGAAGGGGAGCGGAGGAGGCCGGAGUACUUUGGCGGCGAGUAUCGUUACUAUCCCACCCCUGUUCGUGAGGGAAUCUACAGCAUUGCCACCGACGCCAAUCGCCUAACAACCAUCUUUAGCGAGGAGAAUCCCAAUGCGUGUAAUAUUGUGUGAGUGAAAGGUUUGUGGCUUUAGGUUUGCAUGUUUGUAUUUUCGAUUGCUUUCUACUGUUUUUAGUCCUUUUAGCCGAGAAUCUGAUACCCAUGGACAUGAAAAAGAUGCCAGUCUGUGCAUUUGGUAGGCAUUGAUUGUAUUGAGAAUGUUGUGGGCGCAGACUACUUUCACAAAGGAAGGAGAAUAAUCAAAAGUGGCGGGCUUAUCGAUUCCA